GAUAACUUCAUUCUCCAUUAUCUUCAACCAUGACUUGUCUCCUCUGAGAGAGAGAAAAAGAUUUCAUAUAUACAAACAAAAAUCAUACUUAAAACUGCCAUUUUUCUACUGCUUCCUAACUCACUGAGUAGAUAUUAUUCUGGAAAUUAUGAUGAUCCAUCAACACCAUCUUCCAUCCGUUGAUAUUCCACAGUGGGAUUUUCCUUAUGAAGAUCCUACAACACCCAUCUUCUCCCCUCAAACAAACGAUUAUUUCUCUGCUUUGAAACGCUAUUUACCUUCUUCUGAGUUUGAUGACUCGGAUUCCGAGUCGUCUGAUCUUCCGUUUGAUUCAUUUAACUGUGAUAAUUUCAGAAUGUACGAGUUUAAGGUGCGGAAGUGUGCGCGUGGGAGGUCACACGAUUGGACUGAGUGUCCGUUCGCUCACCCGGGUGAGAAAGCACGCCGGAGGGACCCACGUAAGUACCAUUAUUCUGGAACUUCUUGUCCUGAGUUUCGCCGUGGAAGCUGCCGUAAAGGUGACGCGUGCGAGUAUGCGCAUGGGGUGUUUGAGUGCUGGCUUCACCCCGCACGUUAUAGAACUCAGCCGUGUAAAGAUGGGCCCCACUGUAAGCGUCGUGUCUGCUUUUUUGCUCAUUCCCCUGAACAACUCCGAGUUCUUCCUUCCCUCUCUGAGUCUCCCUCGUGUCGACUCGGCUGUGACUCGGUUGACAAUCUUCGCGUUCUGCCUCCUCUCCCUGAGUCGCCCCCGAGUGGGUAUAGCUGUGAGUCAAGGUUAAAAUUAGGAGUUGGGUUAAAUGGGUAUUCUCCGACUUCAGUUUUUGACUCGUUCCCUGACUCACCUCCGAUGUCACCGAGUUUUGGGUGUAACUCAGUGAGUGAACUCGUGAAUACAAUGAGAGCGUUACAGAUUGGGAAACUAGGAAUGGGGCCUAGGAAUGUAUGGGGAGCUCAGCCUCAGAUGAGUGGAUCACCAAUGAGUCCAAGAGGAUACAUGGGUAGUUUACCUGCAACUCCAACUCGGACACCAACUCGGUCUGGACUCAGCCUAGUCGACCCGUGGGAUUCAUACAAUGAAGAGGAAAUACAAAUGGAACGAGUGGAAUCAGGGAAAGAUUUACGAGCAAAGAUAUACGCAAAACUGAGUAAAGAAAACUCAAUGGAACGUGAACGAGUUGACUCAGUGAGUUCAAUGCCUGAUUUUGGGUGGGUUUCUGAGUUGGUUAAGUGAAGAAUGAUGACGUGGAUUAUUAAAUUUUCCGAUUGUGAAUAUGGGUUAUUUUGUAAAUAACGGUAUUGUCUGGGGUUAAAAUGGUAACAAAAUUAUAAUUCUAAAGAGGUAAAAAAAUGUCUCUUAUUUUUGGGGUGCAUUUUUGGAGGCAUUUUUUUUGUUGGCGGAGUAAAAUGGUAAAAAGUAAAAAAAAAAAAAAAAUAAAAUAAAAGACUGUACAGAUGGCUCACAUCCUGAGACUGAGUGGUUUGCCUAGGAACUUGGGAAGUUAUCAAGCUGUUACUCUUAUUUGUUAAUCUUAAUUAUUCCUUUCGAUUUUCGAGUAUUUUAUAGUUUGGGAAUUUCAAAUUUGUAUUUCUUAAUUAUGGAUUACAUUUACUUUAUUAUUUAUGGAGUACUAGUGCUCUAUUAUUAGUAUUUAAUUUAAUAUUUAUGAUGUUAAUUAUGCUCUGAUUUUCUGAUUGUAUAAUAUAAUUACUAGUACUAUAUAUAGUUUUUGAUUCUGUUCACUGAUUUCUUGCAUUAAUCCUCCAUUAAUGUGAGUACUAUUUUGAUUCCUUAUAGUAUUAUUAUUGUUUU